CUUACCAUUUCGCAACGUUGCAGAUCCGGUGAUGACGCUAAUGCCCGGCCAGGAGCCAAACGUAGGCAUGUUCAUCGAGGAACACAAAAAGCGUGCCGAUGGUGACCCAAAUGCACCGCCUUUCGACGACUUACGCAAUUACGCUUAUGAAGGUGGUGGUAGCACAGCCGGCUCGCUGAGUUCGCUGGCCUCUGGCACUGACGAUGAGGCGCACGAGUAUGACUUCUUGGGCUCGUGGGGGCCUCGCUUUGGUAAACUGGCCAACAUGUAUGGUGAUGAAGCGAACGCUAAAGCUGCACAUGCCGAAUUAGGAUUGUAAGACCACAAAGAAUAAAACUAAGGGAAUUUUUUAUUAAAUUAAAUAGAAGCAGCGAAGUAAAGAAAAGAAACAAAAAAAGACAGCCAAGCGAACGUGAGCGCAUACAAAAACGAAAAUGCGAAUGAAGUUAUGAGCAGCAAUUAAAUUAUUAUGAUAGUGUAGUCCAACCAAAGAAAAUAUUAAAAAAUUAUUUAAAGAGAAGCAGAGUGAUUGUAAGUAGCUCACGCAAUAC